AUGUCGGCCACCAGCUCCAACUCACAGACCUCCAAGCUAGAGGCGCAGUCCUCAAAACCUCUCGACGAAAACAAGUCUGCACUUCCAUCUCUCGGCGCUCUCGAUGAGGAUGACGAGUUUGAAGAGUUUGACGAACAAGAUUGGAACGAUGCAGAGACAGAUCUUUCACACUUGACAGCUGGUGCCAAUACGCUAGGCUCCGCUGUUGGCCUCACCAUGGGCGCUUCCUCUGCCAGCACAGGCGACCACCUCUGGCAGGAUUCCUGGGAUGACGACACCGUCGAAGAUGACUUCAGCAAGGCUUUGAGAGCCGAGCUAGACAAGCAAAGCAACGCACCUCAAGCCAUGUCGACCUAG